AUUACCCAGCGUACCCCGCGGGUAAAGAUGGCGAUAGAUGAAGAGGGUAGGAGAUCAACUUUGGCCGUGAACAACCAUAGCUGAAUUUCGGUUUAAUAGAGAAUAAACCAUUUGUUAUCGUUUGUGUAAGUGCUUGAUGGUUAGGCACUUAUAUAAUUGUCAUUCGUGAGUCUAGUCUACGCAACGUGAUCGAAUAAUUACAGCGCAUGAGCUUCCUUCCUUGCGACCAAACUGCAGACAGCGUCCGUCCUAAGAAGAGCGGAUAAAGUUUAUUACGGAUCUGACUCAGCCCUCUGACACUGAUUUUUWAAAAUUUAUUAUUUGGGGUAACUAUAACAGCAGACAUUAAACAGGUUAUCAGUAGCCCAGAGGUUCACAUGCCAAGAAAGCGAGGAGGAGGACGAGGAGGAGGAGGGGCAGGAAGAGGAGCCAAAGGGGACACACCCAGGGCGAUCAGUCUGGAACACGUAGCAUACGCUCUUAAAGAAUGCCUGUGACUUAAGAACCUGUGGAUGAGGACAUCGCUGGAAUACCUCAGAAUUUGGGAAUAACUGACCGGACAGACGCUGAGCACCAAGGAUGACGAGCGCUACCCCGGCCAGGAAGCCGUACCGCAAGGCUCCGCCUCAGCACCGCGAGUCGCGCAACAGCUUGCCCUCGUUCCUAGAGGACCUUAGUGGGAGCACGCCGCCUGCGCCUGCCAACACCGCUGGCCCCAACCCUCCUGACCCCUGCCAGGACUCCUUAUCAGAUGCAGACAGGAUCAAGAUCCUGCAGCAGCAGAAUGAAGACCUUCGCCGGCGGCUCUCCCACACCACCCACAAGAUGGAGGCCAUGGAGACGGAGUUUGAGACCAGCCGCCACUACAUGCAGGGGGAGAUGGGUCGCACGCGCGACGACCUGGAGAAGAUGAGAGACAAGUUCCGCAGACUGCAGAACAGCUACACCGCCUCCCAGAGGGCCAACCAGGACCUGGAGGAGAAGCUUCAUUCCCUGGCUGCUAUCAGUCAAACCUGGGUCUACGCACUCCGUAAGGUGGAGAGGGACAAGAAGACCACGGACCAGGAGAUAGUGGAGCUCACCAACAAACUCCUGGACGCCAAGAACACCAUCGACAAGCUGGAGGAGUUGAACGAGCGCUAUCGGCAAGAUUGCAAUUUGGCCGUGCAGCUUUUGAAGUGCAAUAAGUCCCAUUUCAGAAACCACAAGUUUGCAGAUCUGCCCUAUGAGCUGCAGGACAUGGUGAACAAGCACAUGAAGGCCAGUCUGCCGGAUAAGAGUUCCCAGGGGGCCCAGGGCCAGGACUCCGACACCAUGAGCCUGACGCCUGCCGAUGUGGUGCCCACCUCCGUCAUCGCCCGUGUACUGGAGAAGCCUGAGCCUCUGGUGCUCAACUCUGCCCAGUCCAGCAGCAGCGCAGGCCGACCCCAGGCAGAGGAUGUGUUUGUGCAUGUGGACAUGACGGGGCCCCAGGCCGAGGCAGGAAGAGGGGGUCGAGAGAAUGGGGGUCCCCGCCACAGCAGCAGAGUCCCAGCCCAAAGCAACCAGGCACAAGAGCUCCUCCAGCAGAACGGAAUGUGUCGGAGCCAGAGCAGCCUGUCAGCAGAUGCCCAGCCAGGAGAGGAGGGUGGUGGGGCCUUUGAGAAGCUCAACCCCUACCCAGCCCCCCCUCCGCCCCAUCCCCUCUACCCCGGCCGCAAGGUGAUCGAGUUCUCCUCGGACGACAAGGUGAAGAUCCCCAAGAACAGCCCCCUGCCCAACUGCACCUACGCAACGCGCCAGGCCAUCUCCCUCAGCCUGGUGCAAAACGACGAGGAGAACGAGCGCCAGCGCACUGUGCCCAACAGCCCCGCUGUGUCGGACGGGGGCUGGCGCUCUGGGGCUUCCUCCUCCUCAGGGGGAGGGGGGCAGCGUGACCCCUGCCGCACACCUACUCAGCUGGACACAGGAGACCCCAUUUCCAGUCAGUCCAGCCCCUUCAGCAGCCCCCCUCAGCCCCCCAGCGCCUUCGCCAGCUCAGGCAGCUCUGAGGAGGACCUGCUGGCCAACUGGCAGCGCAUGUUUGUGGAGAAGAUGGCACCAUCCUCUGAGGGCACCCUGGUCAACCGCACUUCCUUCAGCAGCGAGACGGUCAAGGACCUGGAGAGGACCCGGACCAGCAAGCCAGGGGGCGGGGGAUCCCACAGGGGGGCACUACGGGGAGCCUACUCGGACGGGGAGGAGGGGUCCUCCACUCGCAGCUGGACUGCUAGCCGAGAGUCCAGCCUGGACACUGACACCAGCAGCAUGGCUGACCUCCGCACCAGGAGGGGGCAUUACGGAGCAGACUUCUCUACAGAGGAGAGCGAGCAGCUGCUGAUGGCCCUGGACAACGACCAAGACCACGCCAGUGGCGACACCGUGUCAACAGCCAUCACUGUGGAGACCAGCCUGGCGGAGGCCAAGAUGAAUGAGUUUGUGGAAGAGACAGGGUCUGUAGGCAGCUCUGCAGAGGAGAGAGACAUCCUGCCCCAGGACUUCCCUGUCAUAGUACCCAGGGUCCUGGCAGGGCUAGAGGACUACACAGAGAACACCCCUCCCCUCCCCGGCAACUCCUCCACUACCACCCCCGGCCGACCCCUGAAAAGCCCAAAGAGGAUGGGAGUCCACCACUUGCACCGCAAAGACAGCCUGACCCGGGCACAGGAGCAUGGUAACCUGCUGGACUGAGACUAGGGGACUUUUUCCUCUCACUUCAUAUGUCGUCUGACAGACUAACUCUUCUCUGCUCUGUGGACUCUAUCUUACCAGCAAGGAAGGAUGAUUCGAGUCGACCAACAUACCUACGUGUUGGUCCUACCUUUGUCCGUGCUGCUGUCUCUCAUGAGUUUCGUCAGGAAAUAUGCACAUUCUCUAAUAACCACAUUCAAGAGCUGAUUCUUUGGAGAUCUGUGCAAUGCCUGCCUGCCAGUUGAACGGCAAAGUUCAUAGCGUUUCUUCUCUUGCCACUGUGAGCUGCAAACCCCUCCAGUAGCAGAACAAAGGGUCCUACAGAGGGUUAGUUUUUCUGUCUCAAACACUCCGAACUGUUGCCGGAGGAGAAGGGCGACUCCAGGAUAUAGCCAUACCGUGUCAUUUCCUGUGUGUAAACAUCCAGCCAGUGUGUUUUCAUGGAACAGCCCAGAUGGAGCUACGAUUCAGCUCAUCAUUUGAGAUGAUCGUUGAUAUGCAGGACUGGAAAACAGACAGUAUGGAUGGAGUCGUUGCCUUCUCCCUCCUUUGUUCUCUUUUGCUCUGAAUCCCCCCCCCCC